UCAGUACUGGCCGAGUUUUUGGUGAACGCAGGCCUCAAACCUCUUUCGAUCGCCUCGUACAACCAUCUCGGUAACAACGACGGCCACAACUUGUCGGCCGAGCGCCAGUUCAAGAGCAAGGAGAUCAGCAAAAGCAGUGUGGUCGAUGACAUGGUUGCUGCCAACCGGCUGCUCUUCAAGGCCCCCGAACCCGAGACCAAGGGCAAGGGCGAGCACCCCGAUCACAUCGUCGUCAUCAAGUACGUCCCUGCUGUCGGUGACAGUAAGCGGGCGAUCGACGAGUACUACUCCGAGAUUUUCUGUGGUGGUCGUUCUACCAUCAACAUCUUCAAUGAGUGCGAGGACUCGCUGCUCGCCACUCCGUUGAUCCUCGACCUGACCAUCCUCACCGAGUUGCUCACCCGUGUGAAGUACCGAAAGGCUUCGGAGAAGGAAUUUGCGCCGUUGUAUGCGGUGCUCUCCUUGCUUUCGUACAUGCUCAAGGCGCCGUUGGUCAAGCCUGGCACUGAAGUUGUGAACAGCCUCAACCGUCAGCGCAAUGCGCUUGAGAGCUUCCUUAAGGCCUGCAUUGGGCUCGAGGGCAGCAGCGACCUCCUGCUCGAGACUCGAAUUUGGUAA